AUGGCGCCCAAGGUGAGCGGUACUCCCGCCGCUCCUCUGAGAUGCUUGAAGUGUAUGGCCACAUUCGCCACUCAGCGUGGCCUAUAUCUUCAUCAACAGAAACAGGGGCACCUAGCCUGUGGUUUUUGCAAACUGUCUUUCCAUGAUAUAACGGCCCUAAUCCAACACCGAGCAGAUGACCAUAAAGCGGAACAAGACCUUCCUUGUCCCGGUUGUCGCACCAAGUUUAUCUCUGCAGGAGAAUGGAUUCGCCACGUCGAAAGGGGCGAGUGCCAUGCAAUCUUUCCUUCGGAUAUAUCCGGAAAUAUUGUCCAAGCUGUGGAGUCCAUCUCGAAGGCAUUAGCCGAAUCCAAAUUCGAGGAUGUAGACUACACCGUCAACUCAGGCAAAUCGUAUGCUGAGAUCAGUGACACAUGGAAAAACGACGAGACUUGGAACAGGGAGCAGAGCCUUGACGCACGAGACAACCCCGAGCGAUUUCCGAGAACCGCAAGGCAAGAGUUCUACCAAGGCGGAUCGAAGCAGACUGACCUGCUGACGGGAGAUGAUGGGGCCAAUGUUGAACAGCGCCCAUUCAAUGCUUGGGCUCAGAAGAAGAAUCUAUUCCCGGAGAAGGCAGCAUCUCGCGCUGUACCACCUCCGCCAUCUCUCCUUGAGAAUAUGACAAGACCGUCCCCCUCGACCCAACCUACUGGACAACGCAUCAUUGACCCAGACCACCCGGGCUUCAACGCCGGAUUGUUUUGGAAUCCCAUAUUAGAGGUUUUCAAAUGCCCUCACAAGGAUAAAUUUGGCAAGGAAUGCGGCUCGAAGCUAAAGAAUUCAAAAGGGUUGAUUGCCCAUCUAAGGUCACCAGCACACACCAGCCCUCGUUUCCAAUGCCCGGGAUGCACAAAUGUAUUCACAUCUGGUGGUUCAUGGGCCCAGCACGCAGAAAACGUGAACGAAUCCAAGUGCCGUAUUCGAAACACACCAUUUUAUAGGCAAGCGCUAAAUAUGAUUACCAAUGGUGCCUUGGAUAUCGAUACCCUCAUCAAGCUUGCAAACGAUAUGGCAAAGGUGAAGUUUGAUGCCGCUUGGGCUGCAUCUAAGCAGCGUGAUGAGUCUGGUCCUGUGCCAGGCUCGGAGGCGUGGGUAAGGGAGAAGGAAUCUGAGGCCUCCAAGUCUCAGUCAGACUCGGAGAAGGCCCAACCAGACUGGUCCAAGUCUGAAUCAGGUACAGGAAAGAAAAUUACCCUCGAGGAGUACGAUUGGUGGUAG